AUGUCGACAGAAGUCUCUGUCUCCUUCUCCCUACACAGCCAGCUCCACCAUCAUCGCCGCCACCACCCCUCCGCCGCAGACCACCGUCCAUGUUACUCUUUCCUCAAAUUCCCCAAGACACGUAACAACCUCUCCCUCUCAUCUCCUCACUUUCCGUUCCCAUCAUCGUUCCCACUUCAGGCUGACCGUUUUCUAACCAACUCAUCAUCGCUUCAGAACCUACUUCAGACAGAGCGUUUUCUAACCAAGGACGAGCUCGUAAACCUCGAUUUCCUCUCUAAUUACAGCUACCAUCAGCAAUUAGAAUCUGGGUUCUUGUGGGUCCGCGUGAUGCGGGAUGAGGAACUGGACAUGACCGUAACCUUGCUGUCCGAGUCCUUUGCCGAGUCGAUGAUGAUGGCGACUUCUGGUUAUCAGAAAUUGCUCGAGUUCUUGGUGAAAAAUUACCUCCUCGAGAGGAGGAGGAUGAUGCCUCACAAUGCGACGCUUUUAGGGAUUUACAGGGAAAAUGGGGAAGAGGAUUUCGAGCUUGCGGGGACUGUGGAGUUGACUUUUGACCGAAAGGGGGCCAAUGUGAAUCCUCCAACGCCUAAGCCGCCCAAGGAUUCGCCGUACAUAUGUAACAUGGCUGUGAGAAAGCCGUUUAGGAGGAGAGGCAUUGGCUGGCACCUGCUGAAAGCCAGUGAGGAGCUUAUUACGAAAAUGGGUUCCUUGAGAGAGGUCUAUCUGCACUGCAGGAUGAUUGAUGAAGGCCCUUUCACCAUGUACACAAAAGCUGGAUUUAGCAUUGUUGAGACAGACAGCAUCUUGACAUGGCUAACAUUGCAGAGGCGUAGACACUUGAUGCGCAAAGAACUUCCCGUCUCUGAUUUUGCUUCUGAAAUUGAAUUUCCCAUUGCAAAUUCGACAGAUGUGUAG